AUGUACUUUAUAGAUCUACAGAAAGCCUUCGAUCGAGUACAUCUAAAAGAAGUAGUACAUCCACUAUACGAUAAACAAAUCCCUUAUGACUUGAUGAAAAACAUGUGGGAUCGAAAUAUUACAAUAUUAUGUUACGCUGAUGAUGCUGUUCUAGUUGCAAAAAAUGAGGAUGAUCUUCAAAGGCUUUUAAAUCUGUUUAACUGGACAGCUAAAUCUUUCAAUAUGAUAAUAUCUGCGUCCAAAACAAAGUGUAUGACCACAUCCAAAACUCCGAUAAGACGUGAGCUAGUCGUAGACGACCAGAUAAUUCACCAAGUAAUGAAAUUUAAAUACCUAGGAAUCGAGAUUUCUGGAUUUGGAGACGUAGAGAAUGAAGUAAGAAAGCAAACAACUAAAGCCUUAAGAAUAGCAGCAUGUUUGAACAAACCAUAUGGCGAAAUAAACAUAUCGGAAAAGAAACCAAAUCGAGAAUAUACAAAACCACGGUAA